AUGUGUUCAGAAUUGAAACACAAAAUUUUCAGUCGAAUUUACACGAAAAGUUAUUGAAAUGUAUCAAAGAAGGCUGUCAAAUUUUAGUCUCUUGAACAUUUUCAUCAUCAUCAAUUGUUUCCUUUCCUUGACCUUUGCCCAUCCACUUUCCUUCAACAUCACUCACUUCUAUCCCGGAACAAACAACGACACUAUUUCCUAUGGAGGUGACGCUGUGCCUUCUUCGUCGGGAGUGAUUGAAUUCAACACAGUCACAGAACUAUUCCGCACUGGCCGGGCCACGUAUGCAAAGCCUUUGCACCUAUGGGACAAGGCUAAGGGGACACUCUCAGACUUCACUACUAAUUUCUACUUCACAAUCGACACUCUCAACAACACCAACUUCGCUGAUGGACUUGUCUUUUUCCUUGCCCCAGUUCACUUCCCAAUCCCGCCAGACUCUGCUGGUUGUGAUCUCGGACUAUUUAACACCACCUCUCGUUUUGCCAAGUCCACUAACCAGCUCGUAACGGUGGAGUUUGACACUUACACGAACCCAUGGGAUCCUCCAGGGUCACACGUAGGGAUCAAUAUAAACGAAAUUUCCUCAGUUGUUACUGCAAGCUGGAACGCAAGCUUCAACAGCGGGAAGGUUGCGCAUGUUAGGAUAGAUUACAAUGCUACCACCAAGAACCUCAGCGUGUUUUGGAGAUAUGAGGAAGACCCUGAUCACAAUGUGGGAAGAUCUUCUCUUUCUUAUGUUGUUGACCUAAGAAAGGUUCUCCCCGAGCAGGUUACUACUGGAUUCUCAGCUGCUACCGGCCUUCUCAAUCAGCGCCACAUCAUAUAUUCAUGGGAUUUCACUUCAAGUUUGGAUUCAGAUAGCAAAAAGAAGGGAAUUUGGAGGCCAAUUCUGAUUGCUGUUGCAGUUACUUCUGUCAUGUUGGUCCUCGGCGUAGCCAUAUGGUGGUUUGUGACGAAUCGGAGGAGUAGUGCCAGUACGAGAACUGGUGGAGCUGGAAAUACCUCCAAUCAUGUGCCCUCUACACAAAAUCUUCAGAGCUUUUCCUUGCCAAAAGAAUUUUCUUACCAAGAAUUAGUUGAAGCCACCAACGGCUUUGCUGACGAAAACAGGCUAGGCCAAGGAGCGUCGGCGCAUGUUUAUAAAGGAACAUUAAAAGAUCUAGCCUUCCCAGUUGCUGUCAAGAAAUUCUUCGCUGAGUCUGAACAGUAUGAGAGCCUUUUCAUCAACGAAGUCACAGUAAUAAGGCGCGUAAUGCAUCGAAACUUGGUGCAAUUCGUUGGAUGGUGUUAUGAGCGGGCCGAAUGCUUCCUUGUUUACGCAUACAUGCCUAACGGUAGCCUCGACAUGCAUUUAUUUGGCCCUACAACAACGUUGCAAUGGGACCGGAGGUAUGACAUAGCGAUAGGAUUGGCCUUGGCGCUUCAUUACCUACACGAAGGCGCAGAGCAGUGUGUCCUUCACAGGGAUAUCAAAGCAGCUAAUAUAUUGCUGGACGACGAUUUCAAAACUAAGCUUGGUGAUUUUGGGAUUGCAAAGCUCGUGGAUCCCCAGUCCCGGUCCAAGACCCAUCACACUACUAGAGUGGCAGGAACUUACGGCUACAUUGCCCCCGAAUAUGCAAAUGAAGGGAGGGCCAGCAAAGAAUCGGACAUGUUUAGUUUUGGCGUUGUGGCCUUGGAAAUUGCUUGUGGAAGGAAGCCUUACCUGCAGGGUGGAGGCUUCCGUGGGCCGCUUUAUGAGUGGGUUUGGCAACUAUACGUUGCGGGAAAUCUACUCGGUGCAGCGGAUGAGGCGUUGCGAAUGUAUUUUGAUCAGUAUGAAAUGAAACGCUUGUUAAUGGUGGGAUUAUGGUGCACUCACUACAACAAGGAGAGACGGCCAAAAGCAGGGGAAGUGGUGAAGGUCCUUCAGCUUGAAGCACCACUGCCUGAGCUUCCAGAAGACCGACCUCACCAUCCUCCGCCGUUUCAUCCUCUUCAACAAGUAGCUGAAUCGGAAUCUCAUGUAUCUAUAACUUCGAGCUUCAACACCUCGGGUCGUUAAAGUAGUACGAUCACCAAGCUACAUCCAUGCGUAAUAUCUUCAAGACCCCUACUUUUUCUUUUUCCUUCUUCUUCCCCUCAAAAGACUGCCUUACAUCAUGCUGCAAAGUUGUAUGAUAUCGGGUGUAUAAUGUCUGAGUUAGUAUCUUGUUUUUGA